AUGUCAAAGACAAACUCAACAAUCGGCUCUGGCGCCAAGGCGAAGGCGACAUUUAAACUCCCUCCCGAUAAACAUAUUCUUAAACAGAAGCUUAUUAAUGGGUAUACUAUGAGCCAAAUAGAUGAAAAGCCGUUUGUCUCGGAGAGUUGCCUUGAUGCUCAUCUCAACACAGAGAAUAUCAAAGCGGAGAUGAGAGCAGAACAACUCAAUAUCAAUCCUGAUCUCGUAGAAUUCAUCUACCAAAAAGCGAAGAAGCUCUUUGCGAUCUUGGUUUACUCCAGGAUGACGAAGGCCAUCAAGGGAUUCCAUGAGCACCAGCUCACCGACGACUACCUCCCUCUUCAUUACGAGAAGGAUGGCGAGGUUUACGAACUCUACAGCUUGUCCGAGAACCUACCACCAGAUGAUUCAUCCGGGAAUGCGUUAAAUGUGUUCGGUAUUGGCAAUAGUGACGAUACAUGGAAAUGGGACGACAGCCGUAUCCACGACUUUUGCACUAAUCAGUGGCAGUUCGUGGUCCCUGUUUUUGUGAAGACGAGGCAUCGCUACAUAUUCCACGAGAAAUCCAUUCUACCUUUUGAAUUUAUAGGAGAAAGGAAACAUGGGGGUUUCAGUUCUGUCUAUCCUGCACAUAUUUCAAACAGUACAGUGGAUUCUCAAUGUCUGGAUCUUGAUAUUAAAGCUCAUUUGGAACAGGUUAAUAAUCAGCAGCCGCUGAUAGCUGUCAAAGAGCCAAAUAACGACUGCCUAUACGUCAGCAAGAUGAACCUUGAGAAGAUGUACCAAGAAGAAGCCGAUGUCUUGGAAAUGAUUAGGGAACUCAGUCCCAAGGACCCGCAUCUGGUCGAUGUCAUUGCCGUGUUCCAGCGAGGAGAUAAGUUAUACUUCAUGUUUCCGUGGGCCAAUGGCGGAAAUCUUCGAAACGUUUGGCAGCGGGAGAGCCCUGGAGCGCCAGAUGUUAGUUGGGCCCAGUGGGUUCUCGAUCAGCUUCUGGGUCUAUCAAAGGCCAUAUGGAGACUGCAUAAUCUUGACGAAAAUAAGAAUUGCCGACACGGUGACUUGAAACCGGAGAAUAUUCUCUGCUUCCUUGAGUCUGACGCUGGAAACAAGGGAAGACUGGUGAUCGCUGAUGUUGGGUUGGCCAAGAUCCACGAGAACCCGACCUGGCAGAGAAUCGAUCAACAUAUUCUAACGGUGACCGUGUCCGGUACACAGAAAUACGAACCUCCGGACUUGCUUGAUGAAGGUGCACGGUCUCGUGCAUAUGACAUUUGGUCAAUGGGAUGCAUUUGUUUGGAAUUCAUCAUCUGGCUCCUUUACGGAAAGACUGGUCUUGAAACCUUCGGCAACAGUUUUCUACAUCAGAAAUUCUGGACUGCACCGGCCAAUGCAGUCAGCUCCAGCCAAGCGAGGGUCCACGACGUAGUCUUCCACUGGAUGAUGUGGAUGCGGAAGUCUGACCCCCGAGUCGCGAAAGGAACGGCGUUUGGAGACCUCUUGGAACUUGUCCAAGACCGGCUGCUCGUAGUCAAAGUCAACCGGACCGGAUCAAAUGUCCAGCUUAGGGAAUAUCGAGCGCUCUCAGAUGAGUUUUACCACACCAUGGUAAAGAUUCGAGAGAGGGCAACAUCGGAUUCCCCUUAUCUAAAAAAUUGCAUCGUCGCACAGCCUCAUCUCUCUGGGCCUCCAUCCACCAUGCAAGAGAAAGGCCCAAGCCCAAGGUUUGGCACUCAACAUCUACCGGUACUGGGUAAGGAACAGGCACAGCUAGUUGCGAAUCUUGAUCGCCCACCAGGCGGCCAAGUCCUAACCGAUACCUGGGAAACGGUCGCGAGCAAUGACUUCGCUGUUAACGUUUUUCGCCGAAUUAACUGGCAAGAGACUCUCCCUCCCCAAGGGGAACUUUCGAAACUAUGUAACGUCUGCGAAGAAUUGAAUAUCUGGAGAGAGGGAAUUUCUAUAGAAGAUCUUGUCACUAACUUCGAGCAGAGAGCUUCUUUCUGUGGACUCUGUGGAAUAUUCUACCGCUGUGCCGAGAAAUGGGGUAUGUUGGGUCAAAGAACAAUUCAAUUCCAUAGAUUGGGCUCAGCAUUCCAUCUUGACCGCCAUGGUCCACCAGUUCUUACUAUCUGCACCAAUCCAACGUCCCGAAAUCUACCUCGGUACGUUCAGGUUGGUUUUCCGAAACUUCCAAGUCCGGGGGGUUCAACACAGAUCGAGCUAAUUCGAGAGUGGCUUCGACUUUGCGAUGAAGCAAAGCAGCAUGACUGCCACCCUACACUUAACGGGCCACUGCCAACAAGAGUUCUCGAUGUUGGCAGUGGUGAUAAUCCAGGAAUGUUACGACUAUACUGUCCAGCGUUCCGCGAGACAGGCAGAUACCUGGCAUUAUCCCAUCGAUGGGGUGAUCCGGCUGAGCAUCGACGAUUCUGCACGAUUCGAGCAAACCACCAUGAUUUCGAACGCUCGAUUGGCUUUGAUCAGCUACCGAAGACCUUCCAGGACGCUGUGAUAGUCACCCGAGGUCUUGGGGUCCGCUUCCUUUGGAUAGACUCCCUUUGUAUCGUGCAAGACGACCCAGAGGACUGGGAGUCGCAGUCUAAAUUGAUGGAAGAUGUCUUCAGCUUCGCCUAUUGCACAAUUGCGGCUGGCUGCGCUCGAGGUACCACUGACGGGUUUCUCAAGCCAAGACCACAGAGAGAGUUUGUAACGCUGAAGCACAAUUCCGGAGACGUCUAUUAUGUUUGCAAAGCGAUUGACAACUUCCGCGCUGACGUGGAAGAAGGCGAACUGAACCAGCGGGGAUGGGUUUUGCAGGAACGCGCCUUGUCACACCGCACCAUCCACUUCACUGAAUCACAAGUUUAUUGGGAAUGUGGCGGUGGAGUUCAUUGCGAAACGCUCACCAAAAUGCGCAACCCAAAGUCGGCCUUCUUAGGAGAUUCAGAGUUUCCAAAAUCUGCCGAACGCUUUGUCAAGGGCGGAAGGAUUCGUCUCUAUGAGUUUGUCUACCAGCGGUAUUCGACGCUUGCGUUCACCAACAUGACAGAUCGGUCCAUCGCCCUUAGUGGACUUGAAAAAAGACUAGUUAGGACUUUUAACACUAAUGGAGUGUACGGCAUCUUCGAGGCAUAUCUGAACCGAAGCCUGUUAUGGCAGCGGGCUGGCGAUGAGAUGAGGCGGAUUUCUUAUCCCAAGGGGAGAAAAGUCCCGUCGUGGUCCUGGAUGGCGUACGACGGAUGCAUCUCGUACGUCGACGUCCCAUUUGGCAAAGUCGACUGGCUCCGAAGUCUGCAAUCCCCGUUCCGACAAGACGAGCGCAGCAGCACUGACAAUGGUGACGACAAUAAGAAGGCAUCUCCCUUUGAGCUAACAGCCUUUUCGAGGGACUUUUCAGCGCCAUCAACAAGACAUGGUAUGCACUUCGUGGUAUUUGACCAACCAGGCACAGAGCAGCUUCCAGGGUUGAAAUAUGUCGUCCUUGGAAAGGACAAGUCUUCAAGCCUUGGGACAGCACAGAAGAGUUACAUUCUUGUUGUUGCGCCAGCUCUAUCGUACGGAGAUCCCAGCGCCUACGAAAGAGUGGGUGCCGGUUUUGUGGAGAAACAUCAAAUUGAUCUCGAUGGAGCAGUGUCGCAGAUUCGUAUUUGGUGA